AUGGCGCCCAACAAGCCUGCCAGCGUGAUCGAGGUUCUCUCCGAUGAUGAACCCGCCGCGGAGCGCGACGCGACGGCGCAGCCUAGCGCCAGGGCUCUCGGAAAGCGCAAGCUCGUCCCUGACUUUGAGGAAAAGGUCGUGUGGGACGCCGACUCGGAUGACGGCCUGGAUCUGAACGUGAAAAAGAAGCGAAAAGCAGGCGCCAGGCCAAAGAGCAAGGGUACGGGCAAGGGCAAGGGCAAGAAGGUGCCCAAGGACGAAGAGGCGAAGGAGGAAGAGGGCGAGGAAGCGGUGGCGGCAGCGGAAACAGACCAGCGGGAUGACUACGAGGUCGCCGGUGCGCCAGACUAUCUCCGCGAGCGGAGGCGGGCGUUCGACUCGAGACGCGAAGCGCUGCGGGAGGCCGGACUCCUGCUGCCGCCCGACUACGCCGAUGUCGAUUUCUCAGACGACGACGACGACGCCGCCGCGGUGCCCGUGCGGCCGCAGUUUGACGAGAGCGCGGGCGUCAGGCCGUGUCGGCCGUGCGAGGACGUCGAGCUCGAGUACUCGGGCGGCGUCCUGCCGGCGCCGCUGGCGCGGUACCUGCGCGACUACCAGGUCGCCGGCGUCAAGUUCCUGCACAGGCUCUUCGUGUACCAGAACGGGGGCGUGCUGGGCGACGACAUGGGCCUCGGCAAGACGGUGCAGGUCGCCGCGUUCCUGACGGCCGCGUUUGGCAAGACGGGCGACGCGCGCGACGGCAAGCGCAUGAGGAAGAUGAGGCGGGAUGCGCGCCGGUGGUAUCCCCGCGUGCUCAUCAUCUGCCCCGGCUCGCUCAUUGAGAACUGGAAGAACGAGCUGAAUCGCUGGGGCUGGUGGUCCAUUGACCUGUUCCACGGCUCGACCGCGCAGAAGGAGGACGUGCUGGGCGCGGCGCGGGCCGGCAUGCUGGAGAUCAUGGUGACCACGUACCAGACGUACAAGAAUCACGCCAGCUCCAUCAACACGAUCCAGUGGGACGCCGUCGUGGCAGAUGAGUGUCAUGCGCUGAAGAGGGGCUCGGCCGAGAUCACGAAGGCCAUGAACCAGAUCAACGCCCUGUGCCGCAUAGGUCUCACGGGCACAGCCAUACAGAACAACUACACAGAGCUCUGGACGUUGCUCAACUGGACCAACCCAGGACACUUUGGCACGGCAGGCGAAUGGGACCGGACGAUCGCAGGGCCUCUCCGGCUGGGGCAGUCCCACGACGCCACAUUCUAUCAACUGCGCAACGCACGCAUAACAGCGAAGAAGCUGGUGACCAACCUCCUCCCAGGGUUCUUCCUCCGACGGAUGAAGUCUCUGAUUGCGCAUCAACUCCCCAAAAAGAGUGACAGGGUCGUCUUCUGCCCGCUGACGGAGGACCAGCGGGCCGCUUACAAACGAUUCAUAGGACAGCCAGAGAUCGAGCUGCUCCGUACGCUUUCGCAUCACUGUGCGUGCGGGUCUGGCAAGAAGCGAGGCUGGUGUUGCGAUGCGACGGUGGCGGACGGCAGGUCAUGGCAAUCCAUCAUCUUCCCCUCCGUGACGACGUUGCAGAAGCUUGCGAAUCACCUCAUGCUGCUCGUGCCCCCCAGCACGGAACCCGACGAUAAGCAGGCACGGCAGACUAAGAUUCUGCGCGACUGCUGCCCGGAGACAUGGCAAGAACUGCUGAGCAACCGGGACGCCAUCAUGAACCUUGCCAAUCCAGAGUUUUGCGGCAAGUGGAAAGUCCUGAAGAAGCUACUCAAGUUCUGGCACGAGAACGGCGACAAGGUCCUCGUCUUCUCCCACAGCGUCCGGCUGCUGAGAAUCUUGCAGCACCUCUUCAGCAACACGAGCUACAACGUGACCUACUUGGACGGGUCUCUCUCCUACGUCGAGAGGCAACGAGCAGUCGACGACUUCAACUCUGACCCCGGCCAGUUCGUCUUCCUCAUCUCGGCCAAGGCCGGCGGUGUUGGGCUCAACAUCACGGCAGCCAACAAGGUUGUCAUUGUCGACCCUCACUGGAACCCGUCCUAUGACUUGCAGGCCCAGGACCGCGCCUACCGCAUUGGUCAGCGGCGAGAUGUCGACGUCUUUCGCCUCGUGUCCUCGGGCACGAUCGAGGAGAUUGUGUACGCGCGGCAGAUUUACAAGCAACAGCAGGCCAACAUUGGCUACACGGCUUCCUCCGAGCGGCGCUAUUUUCAAGGCGUGCAGGAGGACGAGAACCGCAAGGGCGAGAUAUUCGGCCUCGCGAACCUCUUCACCUUUCGGCAAGACCGACUCGUCAUCCGCGACAUUGUCAACAAGACCAACAUUGCGGAAGCAAGGGCCGGCAACGGUAUUGCCGUGUCGGGCAUGGACAUGGAGCAGGCGGCAAACGACGAAGAGACUACGUGGAUGAAGCGAGAGGGUCCAGAGGGUGGCAGUGCCGAGGACGGGGGCAUGUCGCAGCUCGCGAGUCUACUGACGGCACGCGACGCGGACGGGGCGGCGGUGCAGCCGCAGCAACGAUCGGCCAAGAGCGAUGCCAUCCAGGCCAUCCUUUCCUCUGCCGGCGUCGAGUACACGCACGAGAACUCCGAGGUCAUCGGCACGUCCAAGAUUGAGGAGCAGCUGUCUCGCGCCGCCGAGAUGGCGUCCCAGGCGGACAACCCUGACGGCAACAGCGCCCUCUUCGGCGACCAGCUGCUCGGGCGCGUGAUGGACGCCAGGGCCGACGGCAGGCUGAGGCGCUACCGGUACAACCCGCCCGAGGACGUGAUGCGGCGGCAGUUUUGCAGCAUGGCGCGCGAGUUUGGCUUCGCCAAUGCGACGCAGUUUGCGCUCGUUGUGGAGAACUGGACGCAGGAGCAGCGGCGCAACUGCCUCGAUGCGUUUUAUCGCGUCAGGGAAGGCAAGCUCAUGGCCGAGGAGUCAACCUCGCGGGAGAGGCCGAGUCCCGAACGCACGUCCAGGGCGAGCGAGGCGGUCAAGGUGGAAACCGCAGAUCAGGGAGGGAGCCCGAGGCUUGCUGAGGCGCAGCGGGAGCUCGUCGAGGCGGAGGCCGCCCGGGAAAGUUCCGAGGUCAAGACAGAGGGCAGCUGUAAGGUUGAAGCGGCCGACACGAUGGUCAAGACGGAGUCGUCUUCGGCAAAAAGGGCAUCAGUGUUCAUUUACGAUACGGAUGAUGAUGAGACGGACGAGCUCUAA